AUGGCUUCUACACUUCUUUUCAUGUCCCUGGUCGGACACUCUUUAGCAGCAGAUCUCGAACGCCGUCAUGGCGAUGAGAACCCGUUCUGGGGGAUGCUGAAUGAUGAUUACGCUCGGUACUCCUUGCUGGCCCUUGGCUGCUUCGCAGCAUCCAUGUAUAUCUGGAAGAUGUGGUUUCGCAUCGCCGCCCACAUGCGGCGGCUGGCAAGCUUCAGCAACGAGCGCCAGAACUAUUUUGUGCCGGCCCACAAGACCCUUGCUAGGAUCAAGAAGCACAUUGUCUACGCUCCGCUCUUCCGGAACCGGCACAACAGGGAGUUCCAGCUGUCGCGUGCUGUUAACAUGGGCACAUUGCCCAGCCGUUUCCACACGUUCAUUAUUGUUGGCAUUAUUGCCAUGAACAUCACCCUCUGCUUUGUCACUGUGCCCUACAAAUCAGAACCAGAGUCCGUGUCGGGCAUCAUCCUCAGCCGUACAGGCAUCAUGGCAACUGUCAACUUGAUCCCGCUCAUUCUUUUGGCGGGCCGCAACAACCCUCUUAUUACGCUGCUUCAGGUGCCUUACGACACGUUCAACCUGAUCCACCGCUGGCUCGCUAGGAUUGUAAUCUGCCAAGCGCUUGCUCAUACCUUUGCCUGGGCUAUCCCAAAAGCUCAAAAGAUGGGCUGGAGUGGUGUCGGGCAGCUGUUUGGAGAGAGUGAGUUUUUGCUCAGUGGGUUGAUUGGUACCUGUGCCUUUGUUGCCCUUCUGGUGCACUCCCCCUCGGCGAUCCGACACGCCUUUUACGAGACAUUCCUCCACCUCCAUAUUGCCUUUGCGGCCCUCUCGUUUGCUUACCUUUGGAUCCACUUGGAUGGCCGAAAUGCUCAGAACUUCCUCCUUGCGGCGAUUAUUCUCUGGGCGUUGGAAAGGUUUGCACGUCUUGCAAUUAUCGUGUACCGCAACAUUGGGGGACGCACUACAACUGCAGUGGUGGAGGCCCUGCCCGGUGACGCCAUGCGAAUCACUCUCAAGCUGUCGCGUCCAUGGACGUUCGAGCCCGGCCAGCACAUGUACCUGUACAUCCCCGCGAUCGGAUGGUGGACGUCCCACCCCUUCUCGAUUGGAUGGAGCGACACGGAGGACGCCAUGAGUGACGAGAAGAGCCUCCCCGUGAGCAGCCGGGAUGCAUACGGCCCCCAAACGACAACAGUCUCAUUGCUCGUUCGCCGCCGAACCGGCUUUACCGACAAGCUCUUCCAGCGCGCUGUGAACGCCGUCGAUUGCCGAGUCUCCCUGACAGCUUUCGCCGAGGGACCAUACGGCAGCAUCCACUCGAUGGACUCGUACGGUUCAGUCCUUUUGUUCGCUGGAGGCGUCGGCAUCACGCACUUGGUGCCUUUCUGCCGCCAUCUCGUCAAGGGAUAUGCGGACGGAACUGUGGCUGCACGCCGCGUUACUCUUAUCUGGAUCAUCCAGUCCCCAGAGCACCUAGAGUGGAUUAGGCCUUGGAUGACCAGCAUUCUGGCCAUGCCUCGCCGCCGGGAGGUUCUGCGGAUCCAGCUAUUCAUCACGCGGCCGCGCAACACAAAGGAAAUCCAGAGUCCUAGCUCUACGGUGCAAAUGUUCCCUGGGCGACCGAACAUUGACACACUCAUUGGCAUGGAGGUUGAGAACCAGGUUGGCGCUCUGGGUGCGUUGGUUUGCGGCAAUGGCAGUCUGAGUGACGAUGUUCGCCGCGCCUGCCGAAGCCGACAAGACAAGACACAGAUUGAUUUCAUCGAGGAGAGUUUCACGUGGUAG